UCCAACGCUUUAACCACUAGGCUACCCUGCCGCCCCAACUACUAACUUCAGUGUCUAUAUUGUCAUCCACCUGAACUCAACCCUGUUGAUGCUGUCCUCUAUUGCUGGUCUCUAUUGAAGCUGGGUUGUGUUCAUUUGAGCACACACCAUAACGAAAUGUGUUGCAAAACUAAACAGUCAUUUGAUAUUGAACAAGUUCAGAUAGUUUUCUACCUCCUGUUUCACUGUGUUUUCUUCUGUAUUGAGCUUCUAAACACGACCCUGUCCGUUAUUGACUUCUUCUCUGUCCGUCUCUGUAGUGGUCUGUUGUUGUUGUUGUAUUGACCAUGUUGUCCUCUGUUCUUAUUUACCCCAGUGGCCUGUUGUUGUUGUUGUUGUUGUUGUAUUGACCAUGUUGUCCUCUGUUCUUAUUUACCCCAGUGGUCUGUUGUUGUUGUUGUUGUUGUUGUAUUGACCAUGUUGUCCUCUGUUCUUAUUUCCCCCAGUGGUCUGUUGUUGUUGUUGUUGUUGUAUUGACCAUGUUGUCCUCUGUUCUUAUUUCCCCCAGUGGUCUGUUGUUGUUGUCCUCUGUUUGUAUUGACCAUGUUGUCCUCUGUUCUUAUUUCCCCCAGUGGUCUGUUGUUGUUGUUGUUGUUGUAUUGACCAUGUUGUCCUCUGUUCUUAUUUCCCCCAGUGGUCUGUUGUUGUUGUUGUUGUUGUUGUUGUUGUUGUUGUUGUAUUGACCAUGUUGUCCUCUGUUCUUAUUUCCCCCAGUGGUCUGUUGUUGUUGUUGUAUUGACCAUGUUGUCCUCUGUUCUUAUUUCCCCCAGUGGUCUGUUGUUGUUGUUGUUGUUGUUGUUGUAUUGACCAUGUUGUCCUCUGUUCUUAUUUCCCCCAGUGGUCUGGCUGUGUUGGGCCGGGCUGGGAGGUGGUGGUGGUGGUCUCUGGGUGCUGGUCUAGGUGGAGAGGCAGAGGCAGGAGGAGCCUGCAGUGAAGGAGUGACUGUGGGUGUUGAGGUGGUGCCCGUGCCAGGCCAUGCCUGGGGGCCAGAGAGGGCAGAGGAGAUAGCAGCUGAGCUGCUCUCCCUAGAGACACUGGUAGGAGGCAGCCUCAGCAAUGGCAACAGACCCAGAAACAGAGAACCCAGUCCAGUAGGAAGCCACUCCCCUCUACAUACAAAGAACCCAGUCCAGGAGGAAGCCACUCCCCCUCUACAUACAAAGAACCCAGUCCAGGAGGAAGCCACUCCCCCUCUACAUACAGAGAACCCAGUCCAGGAGGAAGCCACUCCCCCUCUACAUACAGAGAACCCAGUCCAGGAGGAAGCCACUCCCCCUCUACAUACAAAGAACCCAGUCCAGGAGGAAGCCACUCCCCCUCUACAUACAGAGAACCCAGUCCAGGAGGAAGCCACUCCCCCUCUACAUACAAAGAACCCAGUCCAGGAGGAAGCCACUCCCCCUCUACAUACAGAGAACCCAGUCCAGGAGGAAGCCACUCCCCCUCUACAUACAAAGAACCCAGUCCAGGAGGAAGCCACUCCCCCUCUACAUACAGAGAACCCAGUCCAGGAGGAAGCCACUCCCCUCUACAUACAAAGAACCCAGUCCAGGAGGAAGCCACUCCCCCUCUACAUACAGAGAACCCCAGUCCAGUCCAGGAGGAAGCCACUCCCCCUCUACAUACAGAGAACCCAGUCCAGGAGGAAGCCACUCCCCCUCUACAUACAGAGAACCCAGUCCAGGAGGAAGCCACUCCCCCUCUACAUACAGAGAACCCAGUCCAGGAGGAAGCCACUCCCCCUCUACAUACAGAGAACCCAGUCCAGGAGGAAGCCACUCCCCCUCCUCUGGUGUAGAGUUCCAUGA